CUCCGGAGUUUCGAAGUUUUCCUCGUUACUGAAGUCGAGCCGGGUAAUUUCCCAAACAGCUCAACAGUGUGAACUUUUAUUGAAAUGUUCUGUAAACGUGUUUCUGAGUGUUUCUGACGGGAUGUGGCUGCGCUGCGGAUGCCCCUCGAGGAGCGUCGCUACGUCUUUACGCGUCUUGGCGUCUCCUCUCCGGGUUCUGGGGCUCCGGAGAUGCAACACGGCGGCGUUCAUGCCGGAGUCUGCCGGCUUUGGAGGAGUGUCGGGUCGCUCGGGGCUGCAGGAGUUCUCCGUCUCCAGCAGUGAGAGCUUCUGGGCCGCCGUGGCGCGUCACAGACUGAGCUGGAUCCGUCCUUUCACCGCCGUGCAGGACUGCGACCUGAGCCGCGGCAGGAUCCGCUGGUUCGAGGGAGGAAAGCUGAAUGUGUCCGUGAACUGCCUGGACCGACACGUCCACACCUGUCCUGACAGAGUGGCUCUGAUCUGGGAGCGAGAUGAGAAGGGCACAGAGGUCAGGUACACCUACAGGGAGCUGCUGGAGAUGACGUGUCGCGUGGGCAACCUGCUGCGGCGGCACGGAGUGAAGAAGGGGGAUUGUGUCACCAUCUACAUGCCCGCCUGCCCUCUGGCUGUGGCCUCCAUGUUGGCCUGCGCUCGCAUCGGCGCCACCCACAACGUGGUGUUUGCAGGCUUUAGUGCAGAAGCUCUCGCAGACAGAAUCAGAGACGCUCAGUCCAGCACCGUCAUCACCGUGAACCAGGGUGUCAGAGGGGGUAAGAUCUUAGAGCUGAAGAAGACGGUGGACACAGCGGUCCAGAGCUGUCCAACAGUACAGCAGGUGUUUGUUGCCAUGAGAACAGGCAAUCCGGUUGCUAUGACAGCCAGAGACAUCGCCAUGGAGGAGGAGAUGCUGAAAGAGGACGUGGUUUGUGAACCAGCUGCCAUGAACAGUGAAGACACCUUGUUCCUGCUUUACACGUCAGGCAGCACAGGGAAGCCCAAAGGCCUGGUCCACACUCAGGCCGGCUAUCUGCUGUACGCUGCGUUCACACACAGGUAUGUCUUCAACUACCAUGAUGGAGAUGUGUUCGGUUGCAUGGCGGACAUCGGUUGGAUAACAGGACACAGUUAUGCCAUUUAUGGACCUUUGGCGAACGGGGGAACCACUGUCCUGUUUGAGAGCACUCCUAUUUACCCCGACCCAGGGAGGUACUGGGACAUGGUGGAGAGGCUUCAGAUCAACCAGUUUUACGGGGCCCCCACAGCCAUCCGCCUGCUGCUCAGGUUUGGAAACGAGUGGGUGAACAAAUACGACCGCUCCUCCCUCAAAACUCUGGGCUCUGUUGGGGAGCCGAUCAACACAGAAGCCUGGGAGUGGUACUACAGAGUGGUGGGGGAGGAACGCUGUCCUGUGGUGGACACCUGGUGGCAAACAGAGACCGGUGGUAUCUGCAUCGCUCCGAAGCCGUCCGACCCAGACGCAGAGAUUGUCCCAGGGAUGGCCAUGAGACCCUUCUUUGGCAUUAAGCCGGUGCUGAUGGACACUGAGGGCAAAGUGAUCAGUGGAAAUGACACAUCAGGAGCUCUGUGUCUGGCCCAGCCUUGGCCUGGUAUGGCCAGAACAAUUCACAACGACCACCAGAGAUUCAUCGAGACCUACUGUCAGCCUUAUCCUGGUUAUUUCUUCACCGGUGAUGGUGCCUAUCGCUCUGUGGAGGGUUACUACCAGAUCACAGGACGCCUCGAUGAUGUUAUUAACGUAAGCGGUCACAGGAUCGGAACAGCAGAGAUCGAGGAUGCAGUGAAUCAGUGUCCUGCAGUGGCUGAAUCUGCUGUCAUAGGAUACUCACAUGACAUCAAAGGACAAGGUGUGUUCGCCUUCGUAGUGCUUAAGAAGAAUGUAGAUGUAGAGGAGGCGGAUUUGUCCAGGCAGCUAAACGACAUCGUAUCCGAAAAAAUUGCCAAGCAUGCUUGUCCAGACUUCAUCCAGUUUGUCCAGCGACUGCCAAAAACGCGCUCGGGAAAGAUAAUGCGACGGGUUCUACGCAAAGUUGUGGAACUGGACUUGGACAGUCUGGGUGACCUGAGCACGCUGGACGAUCCGGCGGCAGUUCAGGAGAUUAUUCAGGGUCAUCGUGAGCUCUUAAGUAAAUGACCAUAGCUACGUAUGUUCUAAAAACAUUCCUGUGAGCAUCUUUUGUUGUUCUCCAUUUCAAUGAACCACACUUGUGCCUCCCCACCAAAGAUGAUUUUUAAGACCAAAAAAUGUAGUUUUUAUUUGUAGAUUUUUUUAAUGAAAUCAUCAACUCUUUACAACUGAUUGUAUUGCUUCAGAUGUACCCCACUCUUGGAAUUAUUAAAAGAACGUGUUUUAAUGCCA